AUGAAACCGUGUCAGAUGAAGCUUAUGUGCUGUGUUUUUAGUGUAUUACUGAUCCUAACAUCAGCGCAGCAUCCCAUACAGCAGGGAUGUCCUGAAGCAACUCGUCCCCAUACCGCUCGCUGCGAUCAAUUCUUCCGCUGUGCAUUACUGCCCUCUAAAAGAGCUGUUUGGAUAACGACACAGUGCAAAAAAGGAUUAAUCUAUCGACAUAAUCUGAGUGCCUGCGUAGUGCCUGAUAACGAUUGGGAGUGCGAUUUAUCGACGGAAUUUGAACCCAAUCAAAGCGAGGAAAAUUUUUAUGGCAUCAACAAUCUUCAUCAGCAGGCCUUUCCCCCCAGUCGAACACCUCCCGCUACGCUGUCAAACAUCAAAACCGGGGUGACUGACACCAAACGAACACAGUACCAAUUUCCAUCGAUUGCCGGAGAUGAUCGACAGGGAAUCCUCAUUAUGAUGAACGACGAACUAAACAAUCGAACUCGUAUAAGAAGCACGGGAUCGUUAACGGAUGAUUCGGAUGCCAGCGGGGAUGGUAGCUCAGAGAGAAUUAUUGAAGAGACCGAUACAGAUACGCUAACGGACAAUGGGACGGUUGUUAAGUCAUAUAGCGUGGAGGAUUCUUUCGUUAAUAAUGAACGACUCCCUCCAAAACCCUUGAGCCGUUUCGGCACGUCACAGCUCAAUCCAGCCGCCAUUCCGGGAUUCGCCAUGCAAGGGGGUGGUCAAAACCAUAAAGUGAAGCUACCAUUGCCACCGAACGGAAAAAUUCAUCCUGAGCAUCUAACACAAAUUAUUAAUCAGCAGAAGCAAUUAAAUCGAUUCGCCACGCAAAUUAAACAACGUGUAGAUCCGAUCGGCAGUUCAGGCGCUUUUUCUGCAUAUACCAAUAAUAUGAUUUUUUCACAAAAUCCAGCACUUCUGCUGAACAAUUACCUUAACAAUGUGGCGGCCCAAAAACCACAUCUGUUCGAUUCGGAAGGUGAUAAAAUGUUCAAAGGAAAAGAGCCAUAUGUGUCAGAGGACAUCAUAAAAAGCAUACUGCAAAUUUCGCAGCAAAUGAUUGCUAAUCAACAAAAAACAACACCAACAAAACCUAUCCCGGAACCGGUGAUGAAACCGAUUUAUCUUCCGCUUUCGGUAGGGACCACAUCUUCUAAUACUGUUUCCCCAGCAGUGACGGAAUAUGAUACCCCUGGCAAACAGAAAAUCACCACCACGUUCAACACGAAACCGAUCGGCAUUACUUUCACCAAUCCCUACACCUUGGGCCAUACGGCUGUGUAUGAUAAUCUUCGCAAUCAGCUGUUGAACGAAUCGACGUACUACAAUUCAUUCCUACCAACAUUGUACGAUGUCUACGGCAAUCGAUUCGUCCCAAAGGAUUCAUAUGUUCAAAUGAUCUCACAGAGUUAUCCCCAGUACAACACGUACAUGGCCAAUGGUCCGUCGCCAUCAUCACUUUUGAAUAUGCAACCCGUUCCUACCUACCCUAGCGUCGUUUCGCCUUACGUUUCUCCUUCACAGGGUUCCAUGGUCAGUAGUGAACCAUCGUUUUUGUAUACCCAUCACACCAACUCUCCUUCAUUACAUCAACAACUGCAAAACCACGUGGUGGACGGAUACAAAGUCACGAGUAAUGCGAUUGAUCGUUUUGAAUCCUCGGAGCUGGUGGAAUCUAACGAAAACGAUGCAAACAAUAGUGCGGACAGUGAUCAAACAUUAGUGUCGGAUGAAGCAUCAGAUGAAUUGGGUCAACUUGAAGCAAACGAGUCGCUAAACGAUUCAAAUACCACAUUCACACAGAAACCAUUUGGUGUGGGAGAAAUGCCAACGGAUUAUACCCAGUAUAAGGAUAGCAUAAUGCCUCUGCUAGAUGCACAUCCUAGUGAUGUACGGAUUUCAGUUGUAACUUGCACGCUUGGCAGCCGAGAACCGAACAAGACCGAUUGCUUUAAGUACUUUGUGUGCAAUCCCCAAAAUGGGGCGUUCCAAUCAUUCACCUGCCCCUCGUUUACGGCAUUCAACAAAGACACCCGACUAUGUGACACUGCAUCAUAUCAGGCGUGUAAAUCCCAACAAACUCCUACCACAACACCAACCUCUGUGAUACGGUACAAAGGUUCAGCAGGUCUCUCAAACGUACAUCUCAUGAAAAACGAUUUGCUGACCGCCCAAAAGUAUGUGGAACUGGUGCGCCAGGAGGCGAACAAAUUGCUGACUCGAAAUAAUAUGCCACUACCGGCCGAGCAAACAGUCAUACUUCCAGUAUUGGAAACAGUCAGCACUACCGAGUUACAGAGUCUUAAACCGUCCGCAAAGGUGCGACGAAAGUCGUCCUCCAAGCACGCCACAAAGAUGACUACAUCGACAACUACCACCACAACGAUCGCACCCACAGCUAAACGAUCGAAAGCACAGCGAAAAGGACCACGAUGCCGUGCCGAAGGUCGUAUUGCGAAUCCACUAGAUCAGCACAGUUACUACGUUUGUCACCGGAGAAGUCAGAAAAAGUUUGUUAAAAUGAAAAUGUCCUGUUCAUCCGGCCUGAAGUAUUGUGUUGCAUCGCAAUACUGUUCUUCGCACUGUUGA